AUGCAAAUCUGGCCUCCACCGUACACCACGGGCACCUCGAAAUCGCUCUUCUCGCCAGAGGUAAAGUUCCGUUCAUCGUUGUUCUCGCUGACACUGCCGUCGUUGGAUAAGGUCAGGACGUCGACGCGUAGUCGGCGGUGGAUAAAGUCGUGGAGUAGAUUGGUUGGGGGAGUCGAAGGUAGCGACGUCGCCGUGUCGGCGGUGGGACUAUUGGGUCUAAUUCUCCACCGGGAUGAAGAAAUUAGAGGAAUUUUGAGAAUCCGAAGGGAAUUUUUAUUUGAAUUUUAUAAGAGAAUAGCAAAUGUGACUCAGUUUAUAUUCGAUUUAUUUUUUAAAAUAAUAAGUUUAUAA